AUGCUAUUAUUUGUAGGUCUUCGUCAAGACUUUUGGGCAGAACUAGUGUCUACAGCUUGUCAUCUUGUGAACAUAUCUCCAGCCUCUGUCAUAAACUUCAAAGCUUUUGAAGAAGUUCAGUCAAGUAACCCUCUUGAUUAUUCAGACUUAAAAAUAUUUGAUUGUCCAGUAUAUGUCCAUGUAAAUGAUGAUAAGCUAGAGCCUAGAGCUAAGAAGUGUAUCUUCCUCAGUUAUGCUCCAGAGUCAAAUGAUACAAGUUAUAACUUUCUGAUCUUAAAUCUCCUAAGCUUUUAA